AAAACAACAUGGCGGCAGCUGUUGAGGGAACUCCUCGGAGGGUUCGUGCCUUGCUGUCGAGUUUUCUUCACUCGUCGGACAAAAACGGAAAAGCCAGAACUCUCGAACAAGAUGAUGCCUCUUUGGACUCAGUUUGUAGAAGUCAGCCAAGAAGUAAAGAAGCAUUUUGGAAUCGUGUGGAAACCUUCUCUCCAUUUACAUGGUUUGCCAAACCUCUUGCACUUUCACCUCUCCACUGUGCACAAUAUGGCUGGGAAAACAGUGAAGUUGACAUCCUACAGUGUGUUAGCUGCCGGGCAUGUCUUGAUGCUACCAUAUCCACUACAUGGGAUUCUGAAAUUUAUGCCAAGACCUGUGAGCAGCUAAGAGAAGCACUUGUCAGUGGUCAUUCUAAACUGUGUCCAUGGCCGGAUAAUCCUUGCCCUGAGUCAUUUGUAAAGUUGCCAUUAUACAGUUAUUCACAAUGGCUUGAAGACUACAGGGCAAGAUGGAAAUCCAUUAUUACCCUUGUCGACGAGAUCCCACUUGUUGAUGAGCAAGCCAUCAAGGACAUGGAUUGUCUAACGCCAGGUCACAUAGAAGGACUUCAGAAUUUAGUUGACCCUGGAUGUAUCAGCUGGACAAGGAACGAACUGGACUUAGAACAAGCCUCCAAAGCAUCUUGUAUUAUAGCACUUUGUGGUUGGAGGAGCAGCAUCACUAGUGAACCGGAUGUGAAUACCAUCUCUUGUUCACUGUGUCGUCGAGAGCUGGGUGUGUGGAAUUUCUUCCCUUUAACGCACGUUGCGACAGAGCAAGAUGAUGGCCCGUCAUAUCUGGACACCGGACAAAUGUUUGCGGAGUAUACGAGUUUCAGAAACAUCACACACCAGGAAGAGUCUGGAAGUAGAGAGAUCAGUGAAGAAGGCGACAAUCAGGGAACAAGCUUGGUGGGUAUUGAAGGGCGUGGCACGGAGGGGGAUAAAGGUGACCCCACAGAACCCAUGGAAGAGGGUGAUAGUUUUGAAAAAGGAGACAAAUCCUCAACAGAAGAUUCCACAACGGAGACAGCUUGUGAAUUAACAGAGACUUCACAUACAUUGACUGUUAAAUCGACAUCAGAGCCAAUGGGGCUCAAGUCUCCACUGCAUCGGUCAUUAUCCAACCUGCCUGGGGAAGAAGCAACUGAAUCCCUCUGUGUGGAGGUCGAAAAUGAAAGUUUAACAGAGAGACUACAAGAUGUGGAAUCUGAGCUGGAGUUUCUGGGGUACGGCCGGGAGGGUGUUCCUGAGGAGAACGACGGCCGGCCAAGAGCGAAGAAGAGGAGGCUGCAGGAGAUCGAAAGGAACACUUUUCACGUGAUAUCAGAGCACCGCACGUGGUGUCCGUGGGUAGUGACUAUGCGUGGUAGUGACGGUAACACCACACCACCGGGGUGGAAGGUACUCCUAGGAACACUUCUUCCUUCAUUGAGUCCAUCGGCAACACACUUCAUUCAUGAGACUCAUCCACAAGAUGCGUGGAAAACAGUGAGAAAGUUACUCGGCGAGUGCUAUUCCCCAGCGAAACAAACUUGAGGCCAAGAAGUACAGCUGUGAAGGGGAGUUGAAAAAAUAUUAGUCCAUGAUUCGGAUAUCCGAAUGUCACGUAGUUCAUGAAUAAGCUCAACCCAUGUUGUAAUGAAACCAUGUUUGAGCAGCUGCUGAUGCUCUUUACAAUACCGCACAGUCAAUUGAAAAUAGUGACAUUUAAUCCUUUGUCUUACAGCAUAUUUAAAGGAUUGUUUGAAUUUUAAGGCUGUGAUUUGAGACAACUUAAAAUGUAUGUAAACACUGUUGUGUUACAUGGAUGGCGUGACCAAGUGAUAAUGAAGUGGUCACGCAAUUGCGAGGAAGAAAGUGUUAUUGAGAAAUAUUUCGACGUAGUCAACGUGACAGAUCUUGAGGAUGCAGCCGCUGUGUGCGUUACAGGAUGGAUUUGGAUUUUUAGAGGACCAAAUGAGGUGGAAAAGAACAUAA